GAGGAGGGCGCGGAGCGGGGCCGUGGUCCCGGGGCACGGGCGGGUGCUCAGCGCAGGGCCCGCGGGGGAGCGGGAGCUGUACCCACAUGGAGGCUUUCCCUGGCGGCAAGCUGGAGCAGCACCGGCACCUCCCGGCUGUGGAGUGCCUGCCGGGCGCCCGCUACGGCGGCCGGAGCCACAGCGCCUGCGGGAACGUGUUCAACUCCUGGAACGACUACCUGGGGCUGGCCACGCUCAUCACUAAGGCCGUGCGCCCCGGCAAGGGCUUCGGCGCCGAGUCCCCCUCGGUGGUGGUGGCGGCCGCUGUGCCGCCGGCAGAGGAGGAGGAGGAAGAAGAGGAAGAGGAGGAAGAAGCGGCGGGGCCGUACUUCGAGGGCGCGCUGGACUUGCACGACCUGGACCUGUGCGGGCAUCACCAUCAUCAUCACCACCACCACCACGGCGAGGGGCUGCUGGAGGAGCGCUUCGCCGACUUCAGCCCGUUCCCCGGUCGCGGCGGUCCCGCCGCCGUAGUGUUGGACUGCUCGGGGGAGCUGCCGGUCCGGGAGGGCUCCGGCCGGGCGUGGGGCGGUGUGGUGGUGGCGGGGCGGCUGCCGGCGCACCCGCGGGCCGCCUCCCGCCUGCUCAAGCCCGAGCUGCAGGUCUGCGUCUUCUGCCGGAACAACAAGGAGGCCGUAGCCCUCUACACCACCCAUAUCCUCAAGGGACCCGACGGCCGCGUCCUCUGCCCGGUGCUGCGCCGCUAUACCUGCCCCCUCUGCGGCGCCAGCGGCGACAAUGCCCACACCAUCAAGUACUGUCCCCUCUCCAAAAUGCAGGCGGCCCGGCAGCUCAAACACGCCCGGACCGCGCUGGGCAAGAAGGGCCGUUAGGUACCGGGACCCCUGCGGCUGCCUCCCGCUCCUGCCCGUUGGGGUUUUGGUCUCUGGAGUGUCCCCCCCUCACACGUCGGUGUAUUGAAGGCCGGGCCGGGGUCGGUGCGCGCUGGUCGGUGCGGAGCCCGGCGCGGGGCCGCGGGGAUCGCGCAGCGUAGACGCACUGUGUUUGGUUAUUGUAAGGAAAAAAAAAAAAUAUAUAUAUAUGUGAUUUUUACGGAAACGGAGUUACGGGGAGAUCUAACUGGGAAAGGGAGGAGGGAGCCCCGUCCCGAACCGCUCCGUGCCGUCGGGGGUCCGGCUGGUGCUGCGCCGUGGGGACGGGAGGGGAGGGAAGGAGGGAGAGCUGUUACGGUGCCUGCGAAUAGCCGGGUGUUUAAGGUACAACACCCUUCGGGUCUGGAAGUAAACAACCGAGCAAUUCCCUUUGCCGAUCUUAAAAACCGGGAAGCAAAUCGUCGUCAAAUCUGCGCUCGCUAAUUAAACACACCGUUUCCUUCCCGGAAUGGGCACAUCCCUCCUGGCAUGGUGGGAGAGCAGCGCCACGGCCCCCCUCGAGCCGUUCCACUCGUGAGUCCCUGUGUGUGGUGUGCGGCUUUAGGGAAGGUCUGAGGGGAGAAAGCAUCGAAGUGCAUGUUUGGAAGCGUAAUGACUGUGGGCUGAGGGGCAAACUGAGCCCUCUCUGCCGAAGGAAAGGCGUUAAGAAUGGCAGGGACCGAGCUUUGACGCAGCUUGUUUGUGGUGGAGAGCAGGGCGGUGAUGGGAAUCCUCUGGGCAAAGCAGAAACCUGUGCCUGUAGGAGAGGGGUGGAAAGGGAGGUCGCAUGUUUUCAGAGUUGAGAGGAUGUGGCGUUAACUCAUUGCAAGGUGGAAAGGAUCUACCCGUGGGGUAAACAGAUCUCCUUAACACUAUGUAGACUAUACAAAACAUGAGAUGGAUGCUGAAGACCUGGACCCCAGGUGAUGGCAGCUCCUUGGUAACAAGUACCAGACAUGGCUGCAUUGCUUCUGACCCUUGAGAGAUCAGAAAUUGCUUUUAUUGUGAGGCAGAGGCAGGACAGGGAGCAGCAGCAGCAGGUUUGUGGUUUGCUUGGGAGCCCUCCGGAGCUGGAAGGCUGGUGCCUGAGUUCCCAGCACGAACUGGGUUACUAAAGCUGUAGUUGGCUUUACCAAUGCCUGGGACAUGGGGGGGAGCUGGGGCUGGGGGGCUGCCCUGCUAAAAGCAAUGGGGUGGAGAGAGGCUUGUGCAGGGUCUGCAGGGGCAUAACCAGGAGGGUGAGAAGGGAGACAGGUCCUAACGGAGCUGGGAGAGUGAGGAGUGACGUGGAUUCCUUUAGAUAAGCUGCUCAGUGGGGUGGGAGAUGGGGGCAGAAGAGCGGAGUCAAAACAUGCACAGGGCGGGUUGGGGAGGAGGCCCAGGGUUCAUUAUUCACGACUGCUGUUGAAUCACAGCAGUUCAGAGGGAGAAAACUGGUUUUGUGUGGAAAUGUUCUCUUAAAUCUUCAUCAAAUGGCUCCAAAGAUGGUGUCAGGUCUAAUUAUCAAAUGCAAGGGGGUUGCCUUAAAUAACACUUCAUAGCUGACCUGCUGGCAGCUCCCUCUUCUUGUGUUAAAUACCUUUGUGUUGUCUCUUGCUCUAUGGUCACACACCACGGGCUUGUCUGUUAGAUGUGUUUGCGUUUGUGCUGCUUGGUCCUCGUAGGUUUAAUCUGUACCACCAGUCAUUAGAAUCAAGCUUGAGUGUGAUGUGAUGGGAAGAGUUCUCCUCUGUAGUUUUGUUACCUCCUUGUGGGAAGCCUGAAGAUCAGUCUAUAUGUUUUAAUGCCAUUGACUGUUACUGGACACAACAGCAAGAAAGAUGUAAGACAA